UUUAUGAAAGUAUAGCUUAGUUGAGUCCUGAGUUUUGUCAACGGGUUGGGAAAAAAUUUCCCCGUUUGUUGAAUUGGAAGAGUACAGAUAAUGCGUUCUAUGCAAACUUGGUGGGAAAGGUUUUCAACAAUCAGAAGUUGACUAUCCUGGAUGUCUAUCCGUCUUCUGAGGAGAGAAAGAAACUGGCAGUAAAGAAGUUUAAGUUUGAGCCUCUAUACUUGCCGAAGGUGUGUGCUGAAGAUGGAGACAGUAGUCCGGGUACCCAGGUACUGGUUAGUUUUGUUGUUUGUUUUAGUUAAAAAAAAUAUAUUAUUUUGUUUUGAAAUUUAUAGGUUUCUUUUUAGGUUUUUUUGUCUUUUUUUUUUUUUGCUGUUUUGUAAAGUAUUUUAUUUUGUUUUGUAGGUUGAUAGUGAAAAGUUGAGAUUGAUUUGUGAAUCAAUCUCAUCAAUAAAAGCAUGCCAAGAAACUAUUAUUAGUGACAUUGCAGUUAUGAGAUCUGAGUUCAUGGGGAAACUCAGUGAUUUAUCUGCAAUGAUUGCAAAAUUUGUUGCAAAAAAUUCUGAAAAAGUUGCAAAUUCAAGUGAUGAAAGUGCUGGUUUUAAUGAAGGGGAAAAGCCAGAUGAUUUUGAUAAUGUUUCCAAUCCUAUUUCUGAUGAUUCUAAGGUAACUUGUUUGUUUUUAUGCUUUAUUGUUUUUUUUAACCAUUUUUAGUUGUAACCAGAUUGUUUUUUUUUUUUUUUGGCUAGGAUUGUGGAAAUGAUUCAGCUGAAGAGUCUGAUGGUAGUAAGGGUGUUGAGAAGGAUUUAAAUGAAAAUUUUGAUGCUGUUUAUUCUGGGUUGGAGUUGUCAAAUGUUGUGGGUGGAGAUAAGGUUUUGUAAUUUAUUUUUGUUUUGUUUCUUGUAUUAUUUUAUUUAAAAUUGAAUUUGUUGUAAUUGAUUUUAUUUUUAUUCAUUAUAGGAUUUUACAAACAAGCCUGAGUUCAGUUCAGUUGGUUUAAGUUUUGAAGAAGUAUAUGUUGAUCCAGAGAUUUUGAGUGUUAUUGAUAGAACUGUUCAGUAUGCAGAAGGAGAAAAGAAAUUUACCGGGAGUAAGGAUGAUUGGAAGGUUGUGAUGGUUGGUGAUGAUGAUGAGGUUCCUGUUGCUAUUAAAAAGAGGGAGCCUAAACCUAGUACUCAUGUCAAGUCUCCUUUUGUUACUGAGUUUGGUUCUUCUGAUGUUAAAGAAACUGUGAAGAGGAAGGGAGUGGAAGUGGUGAUUGUUAGAGGAUUGGUUCCAUUUGAAAAUGAAAUAGGGCAGAAUGUUUCAAAGAAUGAUUGCCUGGAUUAUAUUUCUUGGAUUGAGGAUAAAAUGAAUUUUAAGAAUAAGAAGAAGAAAUUUUCUGAUGUCAAUAACAUUAUCAAUCCCCCAAUGGAUUAUUCAUUUGUUAAAAUUUCUGAGAAAAUGUGGUUUUACAAGCUUCAAACUUGUGGGGAGGAGCUUAUGGACACUCAUAUAAAUGUAUGUUUUUAUUACCUGAGGAAGAAGAUUAAGCUGGUUGAUGGUUUGAACAAGAGGGUUACAACUACAGACUCUUGGUUUGAUGCAACUAUCAAGGGUUUGUAUGAUAACUUUGUGGCAGCCAAAUGUGAUUCAAGCAUCAUUCGUUUUGAUAAUCUAAUUUCAGAUUACAUUAUUGGUGAAUAUUUGUUUUGUAACACUCCUUGGGUGGAUGUGGAUCAUGUUCUUUUUCCUGUGCAUGUGAAGGUUCAGUUGCAUUGGGUUUUUAUUCACUUUUCCAUUAAGAGUAGGAUGUUAACUGUCUACAAUUCUUUGACGGGGAAGAAGAAUGAGAGUAUUGCUUUGCCAUAUGUGAAGGCUUACUCUGUUGUUUUACCAUAUUUUCUAGAUUUUCUUGAUUUUUAUUGUUCUAGGAAAGAUUUGGACUUGAAUGUUGGUCCAUAUUCUGUUGGGAAGAAGGAUCCAAUUGAUUUUAACUUUGCCAAAGACUUGCCAUUUCAAGAGGAUAUUGAUUGUGGAGUAUUUGUUAUCAAGUAUGCUGAUUUGUUUAUUCAUGGGAAGAUUGAUGACAUCCCGAAGAACAUGGCUGCCAAAAUUGCUACCUAUCGUGAUUAUCUUGCCAUUAACUUGUAUAGUCAUGCAAAAAAGAAGCAGAUUGGUGGGUACAAGACAGAAGAUGAUGCUCCAUCAAAGAAAUCAAAGAGGAGGAGGAAUUAUAAGUAGAGAUGUUGGAGUUUUUUUUUUUAGCUGUAUUAACGACCAUGUCUUUUUUUUCUUUCGUUGUUUAAUAGUGAAGUUGUGGUUUGUAACUGGGUACUGUUUUAGUACUGGACUUAUGUAUGGUUUUUUUUUUUUUUUUUGGUCAAUGUAAAGAAUUGGUUUCAACUUUUGGCUUAAUAUAAAUUUUUUUUUAAUGUAUAUUAUUUUAAUGUGUAUGUUUUUUUAUUCAAUAGUGUUGGAGUUUUUUUUUUUUUAAAGUGUGAAGAUAUUGUGAUGUACAUGUUUUUUUUUUCAUAUAGGUUUCAAUUAUUAUUGUAUGAAGAUGGUGUAACCGGUUACUUCUGUGUUAGAUUGUAAAAGCUAUAUGUUUCAGGUAACUGGUUACUGUUUCUUUAGUUUUUAUUUCUAUUUUUUAAAUUAUUUUUUAUUUUUUUAUGUUUGUUGUUUUUUUUUUGUGUGAACGAUUUCUGAUUAUAUAACUAGGUUUUUAAAGUAGUUGGUUUUAUUAAUAUAUAGUUGUUUGUUAAAAUUUCUUAUAGUGAUUGCUUUUUGUUUUUUAUAUUUUUAUGUGUUGUAACCAGGUACUUGAAUUUUC